ACCCAAAAUAAACUUGUCAGUUUGGCUUCAAUCCAAAGCAAUAUUAUUUUGCUUCUUGUGCACACGUAUACCGUGGAGAGUGCCCGUGGACAACAGUGAGAGGCACUCCAGCUCACUGCCAUGACAGCGAGCCAUUGAGAUGCUGUGCAUGUAGUGUCUCCUGCAAUCUGAGCCACCACAAUUUAUGUCAGAAGAAAUACCUCUGCACAAGAGAACAGUAAUGUCGAGUGUGCAACCCAAACAACAGCAUAAGACAAAGACGACUUUCACAGGUCAGCCUACACAACAACAAAGGGCAACACCAAAGUCAUCGUCCACAAACCAUCCCCCACAACAGCAAAAGACAGUUUCAAAAGGAUCGAGUUCAAAAAAGCCCACACAGCAGACCUCUUCACAGGUACCUUCAGCAUCUCGAUCGCAACAAAAGCGAAACUACAGACCCAAACUACAGACGACAAUACCAGAGACAUCUUCUGCAGGUCAACUCACUCAACAAAAGGCAACACCAAAAUCAUCGUCCACAAACCACCCCCGACAACAACGAAAGACAGCGUCAAAAGGAUCGCGUACAAAAAAACCCAGACAUCAGCAGCCUUCAACAGACAGACCGCCACAACCAGAAGAGAUACUGUCACUGUCAAAAGAUUGGGAUUCAGAAUGGCCCAAACUGCAGGCGACAGUGUCAGAGGCAAAAACAUUUUCUCACGACCAACCCACACAGCAACGGAAGACCUCAACAUCCAAACAGCGACCAAAGCAAAACAAGACAUCGCCUGGUGUCCAUCAGACAAAGGAGCAGGAGACGGAGACGGGCAACCAGAGUUCAUCCGGACGGUCCCGCUCUUCGAAGUGCAGUCGAGGCUGGGUGAACUUUCACCUGCACGCCGUCUCCAGCGCGUUAACGGUACUGUCGACUCUUCGCAGUAACCACGCUGUCUGCAUUCCGAUCGGCAUCUGCACUCUAGGAGUCCGCGGCGACACGUGUGUUGUUAAAGGGAGGUACAGAUAUUACGGCAGCCACAGAGACAGAGACAGAGACAGACGCAAUGUCAACAUCUGUGAGUGGGACGAAGAUGGCGACAUCUACAACAGAAUAAAGAGCAGCAAGAAACUAACGAACAGCACCUCGACAGGUGAAAUUUCAAGCAGGACCAACAGAAACAAAAACAAAAUUAAGAAGCAAAAGCAAGACACAGUUCGGACCCUCAGGUGUUCAUUGUUAUUGUGUGAAGAUAAUGACAUGGGCUGCUUCUUUGACGAUGAUUGACAGCAAGGUCUCGCCACCACAAACAUGUUUAUGGCAUAACGAUGAUUGACAUUAAGGACUCUUCUAACAUGGUGACAAUUAUGGUUUGGUAUGACUAUCGAUUAUGUAAAAGUUGUUGUUCCCACCUAUGCCAGAGCCUGUAAAAUAAGCUUCGUCUAAUAAUGGCCAGAGUCAGUUUUAUGUACCUCUGGUGACACUUUGUGGAUAGUCCAACUAUUUACUGGUGCUUAAUAAUGAACCAAAUUCACAAUGUAGCCAACUCUGACACCGGGGCCGUUGUGGCAAGCGAUGUACCGUUGCGACAGGGUUAAAGUUCAUUGUAGUAAUAUGUACCGUCGAUAUAUGAUCGUACAAAAUGCGAUUAAAAAGACUUUAUAUCUUA